GCUUAUUGCCAGAAAAUUUUGUCGGCUGUGGAAAUAACUCAUACAUUAACGAACCGAUUUAUUGCUAUAUUUAAGCACAACUGUCAGUGAUAACAAUCGUUAGCGUCCGAUGAUAUAAGUCGUGAGAACGAAUUUUCUGCAUACUUUGGUGGGCGCCAUUCGAAGGUUACAUUGUGAAUUUUUCAGACACCUCGAGAGAUAUCAGAGACUAGUCGGCGUGGUCUAAGGCGCGCAAUUGCUUAUCCAGCUUUCAGAGUAACAAAGAGGAUUGAAAAACGCAAAAAUGGCGCAAGAACCGGAUAUGCCUACAUUCAAGUGUGUUCUGGUCGGUGACGGUGGUACCGGCAAGACAACUUUUGUGAAACGUCAUAUGACUGGUGAAUUUGAGAAGAAAUAUGUUGCCACACUUGGUGUUGAAGUGCAUCCACUGAUUUUCCACACUAAUCGUGGACCCAUUAGAUUCAACGUGUGGGAUACAGCUGGACAGGAGAAAUUUGGCGGUCUUAGAGAUGGCUACUACAUCCAGGGACAGUGUGCUGUCAUCAUGUUUGAUGUUACGUCCCGAGUGACGUAUAAAAAUGUACCCAACUGGCAUCGGGAUCUUGUCAGAGUGUGUGAAAAUAUUCCAAUUGUCCUUUGUGGCAAUAAAGUUGAUAUCAAGGACAGGAAAGUCAAGGCCAAGAGUAUUGUGUUCCACAGGAAGAAGAAUCUUCAGUACUACGACAUCAGUGCCAAAAGUAACUACAACUUCGAAAAGCCCUUCCUGUGGCUGGCAAGAAAAUUAAUUGGUGAUCCCAAUCUUGAGUUUGUGGCAAUGCCUGCACUUCUUCCACCAGAAGUCACCAUGGAUCCACAAUGGCAGCAACAGAUCGAGAAGGAUCUCAAAGAGGCCCAAGAAACAGCUCUUCCCGAGGACGAUGAAGAUCUUUAGUUUCAUUAAAAACCACAAUGUGCGUAUAGCUGUGACAAAAAAAAAUCUCACUGUUAAUAAAACCACAAAAUUCAAUAUCAUAAACAAGAAACACUGUAAUUUCCAAUUGCAAGGCCUAUGCAAAAUAAGUGCUCUACGUACUCAUUACGUGCUUACCUCUCUGGAAUGCAGAUCCUUUUAAAAAGACGAAUGUUCAAUAUUUUUACAAUACUUAAGUUUCAGUCAAUUUCGUUUAUUCCCUGGUAAUUACAUUGGGUGAUUAAAAAUCGCUUAUCCAACAUUCUUACCGGCAUUCAAUAUUAAAAUUGUUAGUCUCUUCAUAAAAGUUAUUGAAGAAAAUAUUUGGACAAGAAUCUCCAUUAUUCAACAACUAAAAAUUACCAUAACAAAUGAAUCAAUUCUCCAAAUUCAAAUUACUAGAAUCGGAAAAAAAUAAUGAUCCCAUAUAUUACCACUGAUUUAUUAACACGUCAUCUAAAAUUUACACUUGAAACUAACAUAACAUCGACAAUUAGAAAUUCAGAAAUUGAAGUAUUGAAAAAGUUGGGAUGUUUAAAAUGAAUGAAAAUGUCAAAAUAAUCAACAGUCAAAAAAAAACUACGAUCAUACGAUGGAAUAAAAAUGCAGUGUGUAGUUCGGUCAGUCCCUAGCAGUUUCAUCGUAGGCUGUUUAAUAUUUUUAUAAAGCGAAAGUGAAUGUAUGAUUCGUUUGGAACUAAAUUAUAUGGAAAAUGUGAAUUUUUUUGCUGUUCUUGUAUUCUGCAAAAUACUUUUGCUUUUUGUUAACAAUACAACGAUGAUUAAUUUUUUGUCCUCUCCCAUUAAGAUUCACUGUUGAAAGUGUGUGCGUAAUAAUCCUCAGUUUAUACCCUUACAAAAGGCAUUAUUCUGCAGGAAAAUGAGUAAAAAUGUGCGGAAUGUGUAAAGUUUAGAAAUAAUAGAUUACAUUCGAUUGAGUUUGAAGUAAAUGGUAAUUGUAAAAUGCAGGUUGAUUUGUUGAUUUUUUAAAAUGAUUCGGUCUGUUCAGCAUAGAUGACAAUGCUGUCUGAUAUACAAUAAAUAAAUAACACCCAUGA